GUGAACAGAAUGGAGAGAAGGGUUGGUGGUGAGAUGCUGGUAGCUUUGAUGACCCUUUUGCAUCUCUCAUUGGUUUGUGUUUCUGCUUCAUCAUCAGGGCUAAGCAAACUCAAUAACCAUGAGGAGCAACUCAGGAGAAAUCUAUUGGCUAAUGGCCUUGGUAGAACUCCUCCUAUGGGGUGGAACAGUUGGAAUCAUUUUAACUGUCAAAUUAACGAAAAAAUCAUCAGAGAAACUGCUGAUGCUCUUGUUUCUACUGGUCUUUCCAAGAUUGGAUACACCUAUGUCAACAUAGAUGAUUGUUGGGCUGAAAUAAAUCGUGAUGAUAAGGGAAAUCUUGCAGCAAAGAAAUCAACAUUCCCUUCUGGCAUCAAAGCUCUUGCAGAUUAUGUUCACAGCAAGGGUCUUAAGCUUGGGAUUUAUUCGGAUGCAGGGUAUUUUACUUGUAGCAAAAAGAUGCCUGGUUCACUAGGUCAUGAGUUUCAAGAUGCCAAGACUUUUGCAUCAUGGGGUAUUGAUUACUUGAAGUAUGAUAACUGUAACAAUGAUGGAUCAAAACCCCCUGUUAGAUACCCUAUUAUGACUCGGGCUUUAAUGAAGGCAGGUCGUCCAAUCUUCUACUCACUAUGUGAAUGGGGAGACAUGCACCCAGCUUUAUGGGGUGAUAGUGUGGGAAAUAGCUGGAGAACUACAAAUGACAUUAAUGAUUCAUGGGAAAGUAUGAUUUCAAGGGCUGACAUGAAUGAAGUUUAUGCUGAGCAUGCAAGACCUGGUGGUUGGAAUGAUCCUGACAUGCUUGAAGUGGGAAAUGGAGGGAUGACAAAAGAUGAAUAUAUUGUUCACUUCAGUUUAUGGGCCAUUUCCAAGGCUCCUCUACUUCUGGGCUGUGACAUUAGUAAUAUGACUAAAGAGACUCUGGAGAUAGUGGGAAAUAAGGAAGUUAUUGCAGUUAACCAAGAUUCACUUGGUGUACAAGCUAAAAAGGUUAGAAUGGAAGGUGAUCUUGAGAUAUGGGCAGGUCCUCUUUCAGGAUACAGGGUAGCUGUUGUGUUGCUUAAUAGAGGUCCUGUCCGUAUUGCCAUUACAGCAAAUUGGGAUGACAUUGGCAUUCCUCCAAAAAGUGUUGUUGAAGCAAGAGACCUUUGGGAGCACAAGACAUUGAAGAAACCAUUCGUGGAUAAGUUGACUGCCACAGUUGAUUCACAUGCGUGUAAAAUGUACGUGCUGAAACCAAUAGCUUGAGUUCAGAAACACAUUGGGAUUGCACCUUUUGGAGCCACU